AUGUCCGGUCCUGGUUCCCGCUUUGGUCCCGGUGGCCACUACCACCGCCAGCAUGGUGCCUAUACCACCGAUACUUCCUAUAUGCAAUCAGCCACGGCACCCCAGAGAAGCGCGCUUGCGCGCUCAGGCAGCAGCCAGGCCGGAAUACCGCAGCGCAAGGGCACCGUCGUCACCGUUGGCACUGUCAGCAGCGGAGACAAAUUCACAGUCUCACCAGCAAGCUCGAUCCAUGAAGACGACGGAGAGGCGCGCGGGUAUGGGGCGCCAGCGGGGUUAUCGCCCUCCCCGCCGCGGCAGGACCGAGCGGACCGAGCACCAGGAUGGGUCGGCUGGGAAGGCCAAACGAGGCCGUGGCACGGCCCAGCACAGGCGGACGAGACCGGCGGCGACAUGGCGCCAUCACUCUGGCAGACCGGCUCCGUCAGAGACGAGAUACCUUAUCCCCAACCACAGCACUGGCGCGGAAGCCGAGAUAUGGAGGAACUGCAGGAGGCACGAGCACGGGCGCUAGAAUCCAGCCGGAGUACCGUCGGAACUCCAUACGCAAGGGGCCUGGUGCGCGCCGCGGUGUCUGCGUCCCCGGCACCGGGACUCAACGCAGCGGAGAACGAAAUUACCCCAGCGCCGGCGGCGCCCUCGUAUUUGCGAUGGCAGAGCCAGCAGCAGCAGAGCCAAGCGGCUAGUCAGCCAAGUUCUGGCCGUGCCCAGGGACAAGCUGUGCAGAGUAACCGCCGCGGCCCGUUUAUGCACUACGAAGACCUGGAUUACUUCGGCCCGCAGCCCGAGUCCGAACCCAAGGACGGAUCGCAAGUAGACAUCGGGGUACCGCGCGGGGACACAUUUCCCCCUAUACCGGAGGAGAUGAACCGGCCAAAGGUGAGACGGUCAUGGGAUCGACAGCGCAGACGGCGGAGGAAAAAGAUGGAAUCGGGAAACGGUGACGGGCAUGGGGGUCAGGGAGGCGGUGGUGGUAGAGGAGGAGGCCGGGGCGGUGGCGCCUUGCUGCGAUCCUGCAUAGACUGGCUGCCUGAAGUCGCGUGUUGUUUUCUCAGCAUCGUGUGUCUUGUGGUCAUCGUUGUGGUGCUGAAGACGUACGACGGACGGGGCCUGGCUGACUGGCCAUUGACUGUUUCGCUCAACACGUUGAUUGCGUUCUUGGCUGCGAUAUGUCAGGUUGCUCUGAUUGUGCCCCUGACGGAGGGGUUGUCUCAGCUGAAGUGGAACUCGUUCGCUCGUGGUGAGAAGCCGCUGGCCGAUUUCCAGACCUUUGAGGAUGCAAAGCGUGGGCCCGUGGGGAGCGCCAUGCUGCUUUGCAGAAGAAGGGGAAGGGCACUCGGCAUGACUGCGGCCACAGCGUUGCUGACGGGAUUCCUGCUCUCCCCACUCACACAAGGCGCCAUAACAUAUCCCACACGGAGCUUCGAGGCAGGGAGCGGCACGGCCGCCGUCGCUAGGAGCGAAUCGUACUCGCACCCAACGCCGUAUGACAACUUGGACACCCGAGAGAAGCAAGCGAUCCACUCAGGCAUCUACCACCCAGUGGACGAGGAGGUGCCGCCCCUGCAGCCCCUCUGCAGCACUGGCAACUGCCAAUGGCAGAACUUCAGCUCGCUGGCCGUCUGCAGCGCCGUAGCCGACGUAUCCGACCGGCUCGCCGUCUCUAACCAAGUAACAAUUCUGGGAGGCUCGCUCGGCGGCGCCAAUAACGAGUUGGCACGCGAGGCCCGCCUCCCCAACGGCCUGUUUCUAGUUGGCAGCACCACCACCUACAACCUGAACGUUUCCUGGCCACUCGGCUCUUCCAGCACCAGUGGCGGAGCCAACGAAACCGACGGCCGAGAGAGCUUCCUGCCCGCCCGCACGAGCAUCGCCUUCCCGGAGCGGGACGGCCGGAUAUCGAGCGCCAUCGCCAACUUCUUCCUCGUUUACACCAGCCAGACGGGCGAGCUCGCGUCUGAUUCGCAGCAGCUAGGCGUGUUCCGCGCCGCAGAGGUCCUGCUGCACUUCUGCGUCAACACGUACGAGGCGUCGACCACUGGUGGGGUGUCGACAAGCAAGGUCGUCCACUUAUCCACGCUUGCCACAGAGGACGAGGCGAGCAACGCUCUGGUCAGGGCCCGCGAAGCGUCGUCCUCAUCUCGGCGUGUCCGCCUGCGUGCGGCUGGCGUAAAGGAGGUGUAUUCAGUGGAAAGGGGCGAUGUGAAGUUGCUCAACAAUUAUAUCCUGUCCUUGUUCUCGGGGACAUACUCGUACCGCUAUGGCAAGUCCACCGCGGGCGAGACGGCCAUAAGCGAGGCCCUGGGACUCGCCAUGUUCGGGAGUGCGCCGCUUGAUGACGACGGAAUGCGCGAUGUGGUUCAAAACCUGACCACCAAUGUGGCCAUCAGCUUGACGAACACCAUUCGCGCCAUGAGUUCGGCCUCGGCGAAGGGCACUGUCCUCUCGAGGGAGACUUAUGUUCACGUUCAAUGGGGCUGGUUGACCUUCUUGGCCGUCCAAGUCGCCCUUGUGGUCAGCUUCUUACUGGGCAUUAUGGUCCAAACCACCGUAUGGGACGUCAAGACAGUCAAGGGAUCGAUUGUGGCAUCGCUUCUUGCUCUUUCUGCUGACGACAAAGCGUAUCUGCAGGAGCAGGAAAACGUGUUCCUGGAUAGCUCGCGCAAUGGCUGCCUGGGGGACGAGGUGACUGACAAGUUGCAAACCAUAACCGCCAGAUUUAGGCCCUGUGAUAGGGGUUGGGCUUUAGAAUUAGGCAAGAGGGAGAACGGAUAGUCUCUCCGGAAUUGGACACCACGUAAUCUGCAAUCUGUCAGUGUGCGAAACGAC